CUUUGCGGGGAGCCACUCAGGACCCACAGCCCCUCCAAAAAAGCAUGCUUUUGAGGGGAUUAUGGGAUUUGUAGUGCCUCCCCAAGCCUAAGUUAUGGGUGUUGAAGUCCCAUCAUGGACGCGCUGGGAGUUACUUUCCCUUCACUGUUUUUCCUCAUUUGCAUGUCCGGCUCCUCCCCUUCUUCAUAGUCGCUCUGUCUUUUGCGCGUGCGCAGAACAUACUUGAAGGGCUGUUCUGUUGGACAGAAGCCCCUUUGCCUUUUCCUCGUUUGCAUAUCCGGCCCCGCCCCUUUCGUCCCCUCUUUUUCGCGCGCGUGCGCACAAAACCGUUCCUGUCUGUGUUUUCCUGUUGCCAAGGCAACCGAAAAGGGGUGGGGUCCAGAGGGGCCAGGGAGCCACGUGACUUCUUUCUUCCUAAUCCAGGAAAGCGAGGGGAAAGGGGUACCUCAAAGGCCAUCUAGCCUCUCCCCAGAGAAGCCAUGAAGCCCCCUUUCCUCCCAGUCGGCAGGGACAGGACCCUCACCUGCUUCCCAAAGGCAUACAGCCCUGAGGCCUGCCUCCAAUUCAAAGAUGGCUUCCAUGAACAGGUGAGACUCACCUGCCAGAGGAAGAACACCAAUACAUCCGGGCUGGGAGUCUGCAAAGUGGUCAUAGUGGGAGACCUUUGUGUUGGGAAAACCAGCCUCAUCAACAGGUUCUGCAAGAACGCUUUUGACCGGAGCUAUAAGGCUACAAUUGGAGUAGAUUUCGAGAUCGAACGCUUCGAAGUCUUAGGGAUCCCCUACAGUCUCCAGAUAUGGGACACAGCUGGACAGGAGAAGUUCAAGUGCAUUGCUUCAGCUUAUUACAGAGGAGCAGAAGUCAUUGUAACUGUCUUCGAUCUGGCUGAUAUCCAGACUUUGGGUCACACCAAGCAAUGGCUGGAGGAUGCAUUGAAUGAAAACAGCCCUGGGUCCAGCUUCAUCUUUCUAGUUGGAACAAAGAAGGAUUUAGUGUCGGAGGCCGAAUGCCGCCGAACAGAAGCGGAUGCCAUAAAAAUGGCCAAUGAAAUGGAGGCUGAGUAUUGGUCGGUUUCAUCCAAAACAGGGGAAAACGUCCAGGCCUUCUUCUCUCGGGUGGCGGCCCUGGCCUUCGAGAAAUCUCUUUUGAUGGAAUGGGAGAAAAAUGGCCGUCAAGGAGCCAGGAUCGGGAGCCUCAUCAAAAUUGAAAGAAACUCAUCUGAGAUCAGUGAUCAGUCCAAGUCAAACUGUUGCUAGCGGUCACUGCCUCACUAUGGGAUCUGUAAUCCUCAAUGUAUAUGAUUGUAUGGGAUCUGUAGUCCCUUCAUUAAUGAAAAAGUAUUUGUAUUGUUUUUAAAAUAUAUGUGUUUGUGUCAUUAAUUAUGAGAAUUAAAAUGCUUGAGUUUUGGAAUU